AAAAUGAAAAAUAGACGGGAAGGGUUUAGAAAAACCAAAAAACGAUGUCGCUUUAAGCUUGAUCUCCGUUGUAGGGUUUUGGCUCUCUCUUUGAAACCCUAAAACCCUAGCACUUCAAUCCCACCUCGCCCGCUCCAAGCCAAUAGAGAAACCGGACCAGACCGAACUGAAUCGGAACUGGCCAGCCUACUUGAAUCUCUGCCUGUCUCUGCAAACAAACUCUAUUCUCAUUCUUAUCACAUCAUUCAACCUUUCUGCUCGGCCAGUCUCCAAACUUCUUUCUCUGUGUCCAUCUGUGACUUCAAAGCUUCGUAUUUUGAACCUUAACUCCAUUCUGUUUUAUAUCCAAUCAUGAUGAAAAUAAAGACCCCAAAAAAUGGAAGAAUCAAGCGAGAAAUAGAAAAACGUGCUCCUAAACUCGUGGAAACUGGAAAGAAGACUUUAAUACUACAUGGCACAAAAACAAGCAGUGUAUUGAAUUCAGCAUUGAGAGAAAUAUAUCAUCUGAAGAAAGAGAAUGCUGUCAAGUAUUCUCGAAGAAAUGUCGACAUCAGACCGUUUGAGAGCGGCGGUGAAACUUCUCUAGAAUUUUUCUCCCUCAAAACAGAUUGCAGUUUAUUUGUGUUUGGUUCUCACUCAAAGAAGCGGCCAAACAACCUUGUUAUUGGACGAGCAUUUGAUCACCACAUUUAUGAUCUUGUAGAAAUUGGGGUUGAAAAUUACAAAAGCAUGAACUCUUUCUCAUAUGAUAAGAAAUUGGCCCCUCAAAUUGGGUCAAAACCCUUUUUCGCUUUUGUUGGAGAAGGUUUUGAGAGUGUUGAAGAGCUGAAACAUUUAAAAGAAAUUUUACUUGACCUGUUCCAUGGAGAGGUUGUGACGAAUUUGAACCUAGCUGGACUGGACCGUGUUUAUGUGUGCACAGCCACCUCUUCAAAGAAAGUAUUAUUUACUCAUUGUGCACUGCAACUUAAAAAGUCUGGCACUAUAGUACCAAGGAUGGAAUUGGUUGAGGUUGGUCCAUCCAUGGAUAUGGUGGUUCGAAGACAUCGUCUCCCUGAUGACAGCCUGAGGAAAGAAGCAAUGAAGAUAGCCCCUGAAUCAACAAAGAAAAAGGAGAAAAAUGUUACAAAAGAUGCAAUACAAGGGAAAAUUGGGAAGAUAUAUAUUCCAGAUCAGAAGGUUGGAAGUGUGGCACUACCUCACAGAGCAAAGGGGGUUAAGAGGGAGCGACGGGAAGCUAAAAUUAAAGAUGAGGCCAACGGGCCUAGAGAAAAGAAGCAGAAGCACCCUUCCGAGUGAUUCCUUUUGGGUUUCAAGAAGCAGCAGUGACAUUUUUCUCCCGUAACUUGCACUGCUUCACUAUUGGGAGCAAGAAAUUUUGGUUCAGUUUACUGAUUGACGAUGUUUUCAACCCUGCUCGUAACGCACGAUAUAUUAUUCAUUAUUCUAGUAUUAUUAAGCAAAUCAGGGACAUGGCAUUUAAUCAAAUACGGCAGGAAUGGAUACAUUGCCUAAGUUGGAAAGGCCGGAAUUGUUGCAAGGCGCACGUGUUUGACUGCUGUUUAUAAAAAUUUACACUUUUUGUGAGGCUUUAAAGUAUUAUAAAUUUAUCAACCAUUCAUCUUUA